UGACCAUGUUGGGCUUGUCUUCGGUCAACGCCAAGUAUCCCAAUUCAAUCCCUUCAUGCCAGAAUUCCUACGGCGUUUAGUUUGGGUAUAAAAAAAUGCGAAGAACGCAAGGGCCAAACUCUAACUCUAAGUGCGCAGAGGAGGAGAAGGAAAACGAGGGUUUGGUAAGGCAGGAGCAGGGUAGGGUACCAUGGCAACUGGAACAGUUCCUUCAUCGAUGACUGGUAUGGCUGGUCUGCGGACCAGCGACCGCAGCUUCGGCUUUGUGAAGAACGUCGAUUUUGCGAAGAUCGCUUGUGCUCCUGAGCAACAAAGAAUGAAGUCUCAGAGAAGAAUUGCAUCUGUGAUCAGAAACUCUUCCAAAUCUGGCUCUGAGAUUGUGGAACUGGAGCCUGCUUCAGAAGGAAGUCCUCUCCUAGUUCCCAGGCAGAAGUAUUGUGAAUCUGUACACAAGACCGUGAGGCGAAAGACUCGGACUGUGAUGGUAGGGAAUGUGGCCCUUGGUAGCGAGCAUCCGAUACGAGUUCAGACUAUGACCACUUCAGACACCAAGGAUGUCAACAAGACUGUUGAGGAGGUUAUGAGAAUUGCCGAUAAAGGAGCAGACUUGGUCAGGAUAACAGUCCAAGGGAAGCGAGAAGCUGAUUCAUGUUUUGAAAUCAAGAACACACUUGUUCAGAAAAAUUACAAUAUCCCUCUUGUGGCUGACAUUCAUUUUGCACCUGCAAUUGCAAUGAGAGUAGCUGAAUGUUUUGACAAGAUCCGUGUCAACCCUGGAAAUUUCGCUGAUAGGAGAGCCCAAUUUGAGCAGUUAGAGUAUAGUGAUGAUGAGUAUCAGAAAGAGCUUGAACAUAUUGAAAAGGUCUUCACUCCUUUGGUUGAGAAAUGCAAGAAGUAUGGAAGGGCAAUCCGAAUCGGGACCAAUCACGGAAGUCUUUCCGAUCGAAUUAUGAGCUACUAUGGAGAUUCUCCUAGAGGAAUGGUUGAAUCUGCCUUUGAAUUUGCAAGGAUAUGCCGGAAGCUAGACUUUCAUAACUUUGUCUUCUCGAUGAAAGCAAGCAACCCAGUCAUCAUGGUUCAAGCCUAUCGUUUGCUUGUUGCUGAGAUGUAUGCACUAGGUUGGGAUUAUCCUCUGCACUUAGGAGUUACUGAAGCUGGAGAGGGAGAAGAUGGAAGGAUGAAAUCUGCAAUUGGUAUUGGGACCCUUCUUCAGGAUGGUUUGGGCGAUACGAUCAGGGUGUCUCUGACUGAACCACCAGAGAAAGAGAUCGAUCCUUGUAAGCGGUUGGCUAACCUUGGCAUGCAAGCUUCCAAUCUCCAGAAAGGAACAGUACCAUUUGAGGACAAACAUAGACGAUAUUGGGACUUCCAGCGUAGAACUGGUCAACUUCCAGUGCAGAAAGAGGGUGAAGAAGUGGAUUACCGAGGUGUUCUUCACCGCGAUGGUUCUGUCCUCAUGCCAGUGUCCUUGGACAUGCUCAAGACACCAGAACUUCUUUACAAGUCUCUUGCAGCCAAGCUUGUGGUUGGAAUGCCUUUCAAGGAUCUGGCAACAGUUGACUCUAUUCUUCUGAGAGAACUUCCUCCUUUGGAAGACGAUGAAUCGAGGUUAGCUCUCAAAAGGUUGAUCGAUAUAAGCAUGGGUGUUAUAGUUCCAUUAUCCGAACAGCUCGCAAAACCACUCCCGAAUGCGAUUGUGCUUGUUAACCUCAAUGAACUUUCAACCGGCGCUCACAAGCUUUUGCCAAAAGGCACCCGAUUAGCUGUAAAUGUUCGCGGGGAUGAACCUUCUGAGGAACUAGACGUCCUCAAGAACGUCGACGAUAUCACCAUGUUGCUGCAUGAUCUUCCAUUGAGUGAAGAAAAGCUCAGCAGAGUUCAUGCUGCAAGGAGAUUGUUUGAGUAUCUAGAAGAAAGUUCUCUUAACUUCCCUGUCAUCCACCAUAUCCAAUUUCCUAAAGAGAUCCACAGAGAUGAUCUGGUGAUCACUGCUGGGAGCAAUGCUGGUUCUCUUUUAGUCGAUGGCCUCGGAGACGGUAUCCUACUCGAGGCACCCGAGCAGGACUUUGAAUUUCUGCGGAAUACAUCCUUCAACUUACUUCAAGGUUGCAGAAUGCGCAACACAAAAACUGAGUAUGUCUCUUGCCCAUCUUGCGGACGGACACUCUUCGAUCUCCAAGAUAUAAGUGCUGAGAUUAGAACAAAGACUUCGCAUCUCCCCGGUGUUUCGAUUGCAAUCAUGGGCUGUAUAGUGAAUGGACCCGGAGAAAUGGCUGAUGCAGAUUUUGGCUAUGUUGGUGGUGCGCCGGGAAAGAUUGAUCUUUACGUCGGGAAGACUGUGCUGAAGAGAGGUAUCGAAAUGGAGUAUGCGACUGACGCUCUAAUUCAGCUCAUCAAGGACAAUGGCCGCUGGGUCGACCCCCCAGCCGAAGAGUAGGCUUCUAACAGCUUUACUAUCUUAAGACAUAAGGAUUUUUCUUUUUUCUUCUUUGUAAUUUAUCAGAAUCUCAGACAUCAGUCGACAGAAUUUCCUUGUUGGAAAAUAAAUUAGUGUACUAGUAUAUUAUGAGUGAAUGAGAAAGGUUAUUGUGUGUGAAUCUUCAACCAUGGGCAGAGGAAAAUGUUGUUCAUGCUCAUUGUCAUUGAGAAAUCUGUCCAAAGUUUCCUGUCUUGAUCAAAACUCUUCAGGGUUCACAUGGUUCAAAA